AUGAAAUGUUACAAGCAUUUUGAGGGCAUCUCCCUGGCCACUCCAUUGGUGCUUUUUCAUUCCUUCCAUUGGCUUCCUUCAGGUAUUUUCAGGUGUACACUUUCAGCCCGAGAGCUCGCGGUGUCCAUUGGUAAUUCAUCAAUUCCUGCACUUUUGCCAUUCCUCAUUUUAUGGAUUUCUCUUUCAACAUCUGAAGAUAAAGAAAUUGCCGUAACUAAGUAUUCAGAGACAGCGUGUUUUGAACGUCAUCAACACAAAGUCAGCUCAAUUCUGGAGGAAGCAGUGUCACCAACACCCGAAAAAAAUGUAAAAACACAAAGAUUCCAAUAUCCUCCGUCCACCACAACCUCAGUCAAGUCACGAUUUCCCGCCUUUUUUCCAGGCCAUGUGUCAACGGCCCCGAGCUUGGAGAACAACAUGGAUAAGCUGGGGGUCGAGGGCGCCUCAAGCAGGGGCGGUUCCUUUGUCUCUCGAACGCCUAGUCCUUCUCCCUCGAGUAGGUCUAGGUCGAGAGACAGGAAAAACUCAGCCAAACACGCAACCGGGCAUCUCGCCGCCCACGCCUUCAACCUCAUGGUCACCGUUCCCCAACACAUAACCAAGGACGCCCUGGAGGACGACGGCGCCCCCUCCAUGGGCAAGCUGACCCCGGACCUCCUCGGGGGACACCACUACGAGGCCGACGUCUCCGACCAGUCCGACUCCUUCCUCGGCCUCCCCCCAGGGUAA